CGAGGAGAAUGUAUCUGAAAACUCAGACCGCUAUGUGAAAACUUGGACGUGAACUAUUCUGUCUCUGUUCCAACUAACCGAGUCAAAUUAUCCUUCAGCUCCUCCAGUCUAACACAAACCUGGUAAAAUCGCGCACGUCCACAACGCCAAAGAACACCAUCACGACAGCGGGCGGCCGACCGUGCAUCACCUACCCAGAUAUUUCAACGUCUCUCACCUAAAUCAACCAAUUCUCCUGCUUCUCCCUAGACGAGGAAUGCGUUCUCAACACGUCCUAACCGUCUCCGUCCCCCUGCCAAGCAUCCUGCCUCCGCACCUUGUCCUGGCCGCGCUGCAGACUUACACGCCCACUUUGCGCCACAAUCGCAGUAUUAACCAGUACCGUGAGAUUCCUUCGGACCCCAAUUACACCGCUGGGGACCCCUUCUCCCCGCCGUGGGACGGUAGUGGGAGGACCUUCUACGUCUACGAGUUGACGGAGCUGUGGUCGGGGAUUAAAAGGCGGGCCGAGUACCCUGUCGUCUUCCAAUCGACACCCUCGGGCGCCUGGAGUCGUGUCAAAACACCCCUGGGUAUUAAUGUAUGGUGUGAAUGGACUGUCAGGCCUCGGGCGCAGUCGCAGUCAUCCACACCUUCAGAGAGCACGCCAAACUUCAUGACAAACCUGGCAGACGAGUGGGAGUUGUAUGACACGAUAGUGAUAGAGGGCAACAUGCUCUUCAUGCCGUUUGCUUUGCAGUAUACCCAACGCGUGCAUCAAGAGGUGUGCGAGAAGGUCAUCGACGAGGUGUUCAAAAACUACGUCAACGAGGCAAUUCCCCCAUGAGUCGGGCUAGCAGGGAAUAUGGCGUCUUAGGCUAGACUUGGUGCUUACAUUGGCACUUUGUACGAGGCGGGUGUGGAGUUUGGAGCUGAGAUAUGCUGGAUAGACAAUGACAAAGCCCUGACAAAUAGAAUAAAAUUAAGCA